CCGGUUGUCUGCUAAGUGGUGGUGAGUAAGAUUAUUUUUUUGGGGAGAUUUUGUCCAUUCUGAUUUUGAGUUUAUGAUCAUAAUGGCAAAUGUUCAAGGGGUUGAUAAGAUUCAAGACUCUCUUGGAUAUUUGGUUUUGACUGAGGAAGGUGCUGUAAUAAGUUCGGGAGGUGAUUUACAAAAUGCGGAGGCAUUGGCUGACAGAUUGACCAAACUUGUUUAUACAGCAAGUAGGAUACCUGUGUCACCAGACAGGAGAGAAACAUUUCACAAAAUCUCAGUGAUAUGGGAACAGUUUAUGUAUGUUAUCACAGUGUCAAACCAUAGGAUAUAUGUCUGCAAGAGACCAUAUAAUCCUCAAGACCCAGCUGUGGCUUAAAGACACAGAAAGACUCGUGUGCAUUAAAUAAACUAAUGAUUUACAUAAUCAGAGGAAUGAAUAGAGCAUUGUCUCUGUCUCGACUGGUUUGUGGUAACCAUACAGGGAUCUUUUGUAUACUUCUGUUGUGUUCAGAUGUGAACACAUACUUGUGCUGGGACACAAGGUACACAGACAAUUCCAGCAAACCAACCGUUAAUUAUAUAUAUUUCAUUUACCGUAAUACUUUUUAAAAUGUUUUUCGAAGUUUAUUGAGUUAAGUCUAACUUUUACCUUUUUAAUCUCUACCACAGUUCUUUAAUUGAUUCGUUUCCAAAUUAAAAAAAAACGGGUAUGUAAAUUAUUAGGGAUAGUAUGUUAUCCCAAGGUUUAUGAGUUUUGCCAAUCUACUCACUGGUAAUCUAGCUGCUAAAUUGUCAAAAUUUCCAUCAGUGUACAUGUUCCUAUUUAGUUGUUACAUAUGACUAUUGUUUUGUUUCAUGCAGUUUAUUAGGUUUAUCUAAAACUAGUAUAUUUAUUCAUUGGCCAAUUAUUACAUAUAAUCAAUUGUUCAACAUUUUUCAAUCAACUAUUCUAAUCAUAUUAUCCAUUGCAUGAUCAUUGAAUGAAGAAGACAGAGUUUUUCCUCCUGGAAAAUUUCUGGUUCUUGAUCAGUUGAUAGUUAUAAUUACUGAUGAAAGAAUAUGAAAUAAAACAACUCCAAUUUA